CAUUCCAUUCACUAGUGGUGGCCCCGAUGUCGAUAAAUAAAUUGCUAUCGAAAAUACAAGAAAAAUACACAAAUCACUCGCAAAUUAGGAUUUUACGCACUUUUAAUUUGUAGACAGGCCCGAGGCAAAGUGCGUUCAAGCUUUGAAUUUAGACCAGGGAGAAUCUGCGCUACAGUCACCGCGGAAUCGCAGCGUUCCGCCACGUCCCCAGUUGUCCUGUGAAGCAUGAGGAGGAGCGUCGCCUGAGAGCAGUUGCCAACAGAAGGCUGGUGGAACGAGCAGCGGAUCGGAUCAGCUGUAGCGCCCGCACCACUCCACUCCACUCCACUCACCUUACACCACUCCACUGAAAGCACCAUCCAUCUGGGAGCGACCACAACAAAACACAAGAGUGCAGCGUCAUGUUCGGAUUUGAUGGGGAGUACCGCCGCCGUCCGGUGCAAAGUCUGGGCGGAGCCUCUCACACCUGCGACCGGGACACUGUGAUACGGAAGGCGGCCCAGGAGCGCCAGAAGCGUAACGAGCUGCGUCAGAAGGAGAACGGAGCAGUGGUGCUGCAGUCGUAUGCCCGCUCCUUCAUCCAUCGUCAGCGGGCCAAGAGGGCCGAGCGGGAGGCCUUCGAUGCGUUUCUGCUGGCCCGCAAGGACAGCAUUACGGAGGACGAGAGCCUGACGUUCCUGCUACGGCGUCUCAACUUUUUCUACAGCAGCCGCGAGGCAAAGGAUGGCGAGCGACUGAUCGAGGUAUGCCAGCAGAUUCUGCGACAGCCUGGUCGACUGCUGCAGCACUCUGCGCUGGAUUCGAUGUGGCUGCUAAGGGUAUGCAAGCUGCUGGACACUUGCCUUCUCCAGUUAUCGCUGUCGCAUACGGCGCAGGCCAUUCCCUUGCGUAUGCUGGAAACCUUUACCACCGUAUCGGCUGUGCAGCGUCAUGUACAGGACGAGGCACUGCUCUUCAAGUACUUGGAGCGCGUAUUUGGCUUCCUCAUUUCCCGCAACUACUUUUCGCGCCUGCGACAGUUGCUGGACGAGAAGUGCCCGCCGCUGGACGGGGAGACACUGCAGGCGCCCAGUCCACUGGCCGAUGCUCUGCUCCAGCUGCUGCUGCGACCCUUGGCGGUGGCCGGUCGGGCCUCAGCUGGGGGCCAGGUUUCGGUCAUGUCGCUGGCCGUCGUUCAGAACUUUAUCGUGGACAUUUUGGCCAAGCCGCACACGGAUCCCGUGCGGUACUACCUGCUGCCCUGCUUCGCAGAGAGCUCCGAGUUCCCCUUUGACUUGCUGAUGCGUUCAUUGGAGACGGCAAUGACCGUGGUGCCUUUGGAUUCUGGGGAAACCAUGUCCAGCCGGCGGAGCUUUCUCUAUCAUGGAACAGAACCCGGACAGAAGGCCCAGGACCAGGCGCUGUUCUCAUCGUUUCUACUCAACUCCCUCCUGGUGCUGGAUCGCAGGCAAUUGGCCACCUUGCAGCAGAGCUCGCUGCUGGUUGUCUACGUUCGCCUCAUCGCGGAAAUGAUGCCCAAUAUACUGCAGUUACCCAAGUCCACGCUGCGUGGCCAUGCCAACGCUCCGCAUCGCCACAGGGACAGCGAUGACGAGUCUGAUGACUCGGACGAAGAGGAAGAUCAGCCCAUGGCCAGCAGCUUAGAUUACGACAUGGAGCAGCAGCCUGGACGAGUAUUCGAGGAGCUGAGUGGCAAAGAACGCGACUGCCUAAUAGAAUCUAUUGCCAUAUUGAAUGAGUCGGAGCGGGUGGACUUUAUUGUCCAGCAGCUGGAUCCGCUCAUCGAGAACAGUAAGUUGAUCAAUGCGCUCUGCGAGAUCUGCCACAACCUGAUGAUCUACAACAAGCAUGCGGUCUUCGAAUACAAGUUAGUCUACACUUUGGCCUUUACACCCAAGUUCAUCCGUUCGGUGUGGUUCAAGCUGGCGGCGGAAUCCACCCAACUGGGUUUCUCUGCUCCCCUAACCCUCAUUUCCAAGGGCGUUGUGCCCAAGCAACUAGGUGUGGAUCGUACUAUUCCCCUAUUGGCCACCUUCUGCAUGCUUUUCGGACGCCUUUUGCCCACCCUGCACGAUGUGGAGUUUGUGGAAAAUAAGCUGUUGCUGCAAACCCAGGCCACCAUUGACCAUGUCCAACUCAUGCCCUUUUCCAUUGCGGAAAUCGUGCAAAUGUCCAAGACAUUGAAGGACAUAAGCAUGGGCCUUGUGGAGCUGGCCUUUCCCGAGACCCGCAGCAAUUUGGCCAACUAUCGGAGUGUCCUCGGGCACACGGAUGCCGAUGACAAGAAGUUGCGUCAUCAGAAGCAAAUCUGGGCCAAUCUCCUGAACGUUGUUGUAUUUGUGCUCAAUCAGAUUUACACGCGCGACUUGCGCCUGGGCUUUUGCCCUGAAGCCCACUGGACAGUCAGUCGACUCGACUUGCCCCUAGAUCGACCCACAGAUCUUCCGCUGACCCAUAGCAGUCGCCUUCGGGGUAUCCGACCCUUUCAGCCCAUCAGAGAUUUUACACGCGAGGACUUUGAAAAUGGACCGCCAAUGUCCACCAAACAGAUACGCUCCAUCACCAUUCUCCGGGAGAUUCCCUUUGUGGUGGCAUUCAGCAAGCGGGUGAGCAUUCUUCAGGGUCUGGUGGCGGCGAACAAGAUACGGGUGCAGGGCAAUCUACAGGCCUUCCUGCAGGGACCCUCCAUAAUGAUCACGGUUAGGCGGUCGCAUUUGUAUGAGGAUGCCUACGACAAGCUGAGGCCCGAAAAUGAACCCGAUCUGCGCUUCAAGUUCCGCAUACAGUUUAUAUCCCGACUGGGUCUGGAUGAGGCGGGCAUCGAUGGCGGCGGAGUUUUUCGUGAAUUUCUGUCGGAGCUGAUCAAGACUUCUUUUGAUCCGAAUCGUGGUUACUUUAUGGUAACCACGGACAACAAACUUUACCCGAAUCCCAAUGUACAGGACAUCUGCGAGGAGUAUGAAAAACACUAUUACUUCAUUGGCCGCAUCCUGGGCAAGGCCAUCUAUGAGAACCUGCUGGUGGAGCUGCCCCUUGCCGAAUUCUUUCUCACCAAACUGGCCGGCAAAUACUCCGAUGUGGACAUCCAUCAGUUGGCCUCCCUCGAUCCCGAGUUGUAUCGGAACCUGCUAUAUUUGAAGGACUACACGGGCGAUGUGAGCGAAUUGAAUUUGGACUUCACCGUGGCCAGCAGUUCGCUGGGACAGACACAGAUUGUGGAACUGAAGCCCCAAGGCCAGACCAUCCCGGUGACCAAUUCGAAUCGCAUCGAGUAUCUGCAACUGAUGGCCGACUACAAGCUGAACGUUCAGAUACGACGACACUGCAACGCCUUCCGCAAGGGCCUGUCCAACGUCCUGCCCAUCGAAUGGCUGUACAUGUUCAGCAACAAGGAGCUGCAGAUACUCAUUUCGGGCGCUGAGAUACCCAUUGAUUUGGAGGAUCUCAAGAAGCACUGCAAGUACGGCGGCGAAUUCACACCGGAACACCCGUCGAUUGUGGCGUUCUGGGCGGCAUUGGAGGGCUUCGAUGAUAUGCAGCGCCGGAAUCUGUUGAGGUUCGUCACCAGCUGUUCCAGGCCGCCGUUGUUGGGCUUCAAGGAUCUGGACCCACCGUUCUUCAUACAAAAUGCUGGCGACAUGGAACGCCUGCCUACGGCCAGCACCUGCACCAAUCUGCUGAAGCUGCCACCCUUUAACAGCGUGGAACAGAUGCGGGAGAAGCUGCUCUAUGCCAUACAAUCGAACGCUGGCUUUGAACUUAGCUAAUUUGUCGAAGCCACUCUUCCCUCCCCCCUGAAAACCAGAAACAUAUCCAAAACCGCAGCCAGCAAAUCCAGGAAAACGAAUCACAAUCCCUAACAAGUGGCAGAGGAGGCGGUGCAACUAUUCCAGUUAAUUUACAAAAAGAUUGUACAUUAUGAUUAACGUAAUUGCUUAGUGUAAAGUAUGAAG